CGGACCCGUUACCAGAAAGAGAGCGGGUAGUAAUGCAUGCUGGGUUCUGUAGUUUUCCUGGAAAGAAGCCGCUCUAAGGCGCCUUUCUUACCCGCUCUCGGGAGCGAAUGCUGUUUUGUAUAGGGAAACAGUUGCCUGCGGCUUCCCGGAGUUUCCCAGGAGGUCCUGCGGCCGCAGCUGUGGCGGCGGUUGCGAGGGGACGCGCGCGCGGAGUGGUUGAGUGAGCCUUGGCGGGACGCGACAUUUACCCUGGCGGGGUGUGCGGAGGAGCCGGCGAGGGGCUCUUGGGGGGCCUGCGCCUCGGGCGCUGAGAGCACCAUCUCGCCAUGAAACAGCGGAAGGGUCCGGGAGCUGGGGGCGGCCGUAGCCGUAAGAAGAAAGGUCUAAGUGACAUUUCGCCAUCUACAAGUCUACCACCUCUAGUUGAAGGUCAGCUGCGAUGUUUUCUGAGACUAACCAUUAGUAAAAUACUCUGGAUGGUUGUGAAGCCUCCAACUCCUGUUCUCAUCCGAGUGAGGUGGUGGGGGGAGACAUCGGAUGGAACCAUAUUUUGUCCCAGGGAUGCUACCCUAAUUGAACAAAAAGCUGUGAAAACAACAACCCGUUAUGCUAUUCGUUGUGGACCGAAGCAGUUUGCUUCUUAUUUAACAGAUAUGGCUGUCCUUGUUCUGGAAGUAAUCACCAAAUCUGAUCACCUCCCUGUGGGGAGAGCCCAGAUUAGUGGAUUGUCGAAGUUGUCUCCAACUUACCCAAUCAGUGGAUUUUUUACCAUUGUCUCACCAACAUCUAAAAAACUUGGAGAGAUUCAGAUAUUGCUUGUAUUAGAACCUUUGUCAGCAACUUUUGACAACUGCAGCUCUAUUACCACUGACAUGAGUGGAGAUGCACUGUUACUGGAUCAGGGAUUCGGAGAAAAUAUUGAACCCAGCAAAGUUCAACUUUCUGGGAUGACACGAGCUCAUACACUUCCGACCAGUACUGGUGGGAAAGAGUCGUUAACAAGUAGUAGAACUACUACUCCUAGGGGAAAGGACCACUUGUACUUUCCACAGAACCCUGUAGUGGAUUCUUUCUUGGGACCACAGCCUCAUCUUAAUUCCAAGCAGCAUAUAGAGGAUGAAACAGUAGAACAAGAGCCUGUAAAGAAGCAGGUAUCUUGUCCCACCAUCUCAGUACAUGAUACUCAUAUUAGGAGGGCUGCAGAGAGUCAAAGUGACUCACAAGUUCAUCCUUUGAAUAAACCCCCCACAAAAGACCUUCUUUCAGCUCUUUUGGAGCAAGGCAAUAAGCUCCGCAAUGCCAUGGUGGUUUCAACAAUGCAGUCUUGUCCAGAUGUUGUUAAUAUGUUAACAGAAGUUCCUCCUCCGAGAAAGCAGUCUGUCAAGUCAUUAGCUCAUGUCAAACUAUCCUCUGGGGUAGGCCCUCAAAACCCAGUGAUUGCUGAGACCAUGCCCACCAUUGAAGACUCCCUCUUUCCUCCUCAAAGUGCCUUUCAUGAACAUGACUCUCAAGUUGAUGCCAAGGCAAUACAGCUACUUCUGGGCAGUGCCGACAAGUCUUCCAGGCAUUACUGGGAUGGUUUAGGUUCCCCUCCUGAAUCCCUUUCACCUGGGAGUGAUGCAUACUGUAGCAGUGAGCUGAGUGAUCCUCAAUAUGAUCUAAGUCUGCUGGAGAACUUGUUUUACAUGACAUCAAAAGCCGAUUCCAGUGUGAGUGAUGUUCACAAUGAAGAUGACAAAAUACCACCUGAGAAAAUAGUCCAGUCAAGAAGUAUUGCCCAGAAUCCCAAGGCAGUGAAUUUGGGUCAUCAUAGUCCAAAGAAGACAGCAAUGGGAAAGAAAGCCAAAAAUUCUGCUGUGCAAUCAACACACUUACAGAGUCCUAGAAAAACUGAAGUAAUCACCUUGAAUUUAGAUAGACUGGCCCUGUUGAGUCGAAUUCGCUCAGCCAGAGUUGUCAUUGACGUUCUGGGAGUACCCCCAGAGAGUCCCCAGAUGACCCCGGGCAAAACAGGCAUACCUGCCAGACCACCCAGAUCAAGCUCAGCCAAAAAGCGUACUUUCUUUGUGGAAUACCAAUUUCCUAUUGAUGCUUCCAGAAGUGACACAGAAGAGAUUUCAGUGACCACAGAAGUUGUCCGACUAGCUUCCAGUAAAAUUACAGGAGAAGUGGUAAAAUUUCAGCAGCGAUCUGUGUUCCCCAUACAUUUUGAUGGAGCAAUGAUAGAAUAUUGGUGGAAAUCUGAUCUCACUUUCAAAAUAUACAUGAAGAGAAGCACACAGAAAAAGGCAGAAUUAAUUGGUUCAGCAGUGCUUCCUCUGCAAGAGGUCAUUUGCUCACAGUUGCUAACCUUCAGUGGCCAGCUGCCCAUGGAGGAGAAAAGUCAGGCAUCAUUUGGACCUCUCAAGCUCUCAGUACAGCUUGCAGUUGACAACAAAGGCGCAAGUGGCACAAACUCCAAGUUACUCAGUGCUAUCCAGCAGCCUCCAGUGUCUAUUCUUACAAGUCCAACCAAACAAUUCCCAGGAACAAAUCAAAGUGCUACACAUGACAAAAACCUUCAAGCCUGGACUCAAGUUAAUGAAGAUACUUCAAAACAAAAACAACACUGGGGCCCAGAUCCCACUGUGAUGAAGCCAUCAGGGCCCAGGACUGUGUCACCCUUGUCACCCUCCAACAGCACAAGAAUCCCGAUAGACAAAUCAACAGAAGAAAAACCUCUGCUAUUAUACGUCUUGUUGAUGGUGCCUGAUGGAAAAGACUUUAUCACUGGAACAUCUGAAAAGCAGCAAACAUGCAAUGUUUAUUUAAACUGUAAACUCUUUAGUACAGAGGAGGUAACAAGAUCUGCUAUUAUAUGGGGCACAACACAGCCAAACUUUAACUUCACCCAGGUAACACCUGUCUCUUUGACCCCCAAAUACUUGGAAAGACUCAAGAACAAUGUAAUGGUAAUUGAGGCAUGGAACAAGGUUCGAAGCCCAGGACAAGACAAGCUGCUUGGACUAGUGAAGCUCCCUCUCCAUCAGUUUUAUAUAUCAUUCAAAGACCCCAAGAUUUCUCACCUACUCCUUGAAGCUCAGUACCCAGUGGUUGCAGUUGACAGCUACACACCUGUGAUAGAUGUAUUCACAGGACAUCAGAAUGGAAGCCUUCGGGUAUUUUUAGCUAUGGGCUCUGCUAAUCAGAUAACAGCCCUACAAAAGUUGAAGAAUGAAGAUGGACCAGUACUUUCCUACAGCACCAGGCCACCUCAUUUUCUGGACCAGUCAGCUCCACCUCUUGUUAUGCAGAGAGAUGGUCAGGGAGAUGGACUGAUAGAGCACCAAUUUGAGAUCUAUGUGGAAAAAGUUAAAGGACUUAUCCCACUUCAGUCAACAGUUUGGGGAGAAGCGGACUGUUAUGUCCAAUAUUGCUUUCCUGUUCAAGACUCAAAGGACAGUACAUUAAAAGGAACUAAAUUACCUCAAAGUGGAAUCACUCUAAAGCCUUUUCGUUCAGCAACCACACUGUGUGUCCCUGACCCCAUCUUCAACCACAAAUAUCUUCAUUCUCUCUUGCUUCCACCGGAAGUUCCAUUACAGAGACUCUUGCUUAGUGCCUUUUCAGCGUGUGGGUUGGUGCCUGGAGGAGGAAUCCAGUUUGAAAUCUGGUGCAGGUACUACUACCCCAAUGUCAGGGAACAAAUGGUUGCCAGAGGUUCACUGCCAUUAUCCCGGCUGUGUGCCCUGGUGACAAUGCAGCAUCAUGAGAAUGUGGAGCUACAGACCUUUAACCUACCUUUAUUUCCAAGAUCAGAGAACAAGAAUGAAUUCCAGGCCCAGACAGCAGGUUUGCUAGAUGUGAGCCUAAGAUACAGGCACACAACCAGGACAUCAGAGGGAGUCAUUGCUGCUCGAGCUGUGUCCAUCUCAGUGCACAUUCACAGAGCUAGUGGUUUACAAGCAGCAGCAAGAGUCAUGGCUGAGCAGGAACCUUCUUUGCGAUACAGUGCAACAGUAGGUGUUAAUACAUCAGUCACCACACAUCUCUCUUUCCUGCCUAAGGGAGAGCAACGCCAGACACACCCUGUGGCCCGUACCUUCUGCCCUGAAUUCUCCCAUCACAUAGAAUUCCCCUGCAACCUGGUGACCCAACAUAGCAGUGGGGAAGCCUGUUUUCUGGCAGAGCUGUUAGAGUUUGCUGAGAUUAUUUUCUCUUUGUAUCACCAAGACACAAAACCAGGUUAUCAGUCAGAUCAUAUUCAGCCUUUAAAAGAAUAUCUUCUUGGAGUCGUCAGGAUUCCAAUGAAAGAUUUGCUCAUCAAAAGGUCAGGAAUUACAGGGUGGUAUCCAGUCAUCUUGCCUGAGGACCUGGCUGCAGCACAAAAUACAGAUAUCAUGCAGAUGAUUGUGGGAGGCCUGGAGCUAUCAGUUUCCUUUGCCCAUUCUGGUGACAGAGAACGGGUCUUGGAAGCUGCUAAACUUCUGGGCUGGAGUUUUGAGGAAGACCCCACUGACCUUCUCACAGAUGUUGAGCAGUGGCCAGCUACCAUCACCAUCUCCACCCCAAGAGCAUGGCUGCCGACCCAUUGUAUGUUACUGGCUGGCCAGACCCACAUCCACAAGGCCACCCACUGCUACCUUCGCUAUAAGUUAUAUGACCAAGAGGGCUUCUGGACCCCACUCAGAAAACCAAAGGUAACCACGGAUGAAAAACAAGUCACAGUGACAUUCACGACAACCAAAAAAGUAGACGUUAAUGUUGGGCCAUCACUCCUUUGGUACUUCAGGGAAGAGAAACUGGAAAUCCAGGUGUGGCGAUCAUAUGGGAAUGACAGUGUGGAGAGGCCCCACCUGACUGACACCUUGAUUGGGGCAGCCUAUGUAGACCUUUCCAGGCUCAGUGUGAAGACAGCAAAGACACUGAUUGUUAGUGGUGUUUAUCCUGUAUUUGGGCGUGGUGCCUCAGACUUGUCAGGGGCAGCAGUUCGAGUUCACAUUGUUGUCACCGCAGAAAAGUCUACUUUUCCCCCUGGGCCUGCUCACCAGAUUAACUACACUGAAGACAGCAGCAACAGUGAUUCAGAAAGGAUUUCCCACCAAGAGGACCCUGUAGAGCCUGAAAACAAGAGUGACUCCAAGAAACUUGAUUGUUCUCAGGGCCCCCAGGCAAAGUCUCCCCCUGCAGAAACAGGCACAGCGGAUUUGGAAGGCACAUUUGCUGUCAGCAUCUUAGUGGAAAGAGCAAUGCACUUAAGUUUGAAAGGAAGCCCCCUGACUGAACGAAAUGUCACAGCACCCAGUUGCUGUGUGUCAUUUGCAGCUACUGAUGUGAGAUCCCCAAUAUAUACUCAUGUGGUUGAGAAUACAGACUCACCUGUUUGGGAUUUUCAGCAGGAAACCAGGUUAUCCAAAGAACUUCUACUGGACUCCCAACAAACCCUGGUCUUCAAAGUUUGGCAUAAAGCAGAUGUGGAACGGGUGAUCGGCUUUGCCUCUGUGGACCUUUCACCUCUUCUUUCUGGAUUCCAAUUUGUUUGUGGCUGGUACAACAUUGCAGACUUCAGUGGACAAUGCCAGGGGCAAAUUAAAGUUGCUAUCUCCCCUUUGGAAAGCAUUAUCCAUCUUAAAGAAGAAAGACUAGCAAGGCAGGGGACCAAGGUCUCUGAAUUAUCACAGAUUCCAAAGUAUAGUCCAUUUUCCUUCUUUGCCUCUGCAUUUCCCAGUUGCAUGGGAAGAUAUAACCUGGCUCAGCCAAUUCAUGGAUGUUCAAAAGAUAUUAAUGUGUCUUCUCCUAGGAGAAGUGGACCUGUGAGAAACCAAGUAUCUCGUCAUGAAGAGCACAUGGAAAAUGUUCGCCGAUUUCAUGAAUCCUUGCAGCAAGCUGAAGGGAUUAUUCAUAAUGACAGCCAAGAAAACUCACUAGCUUUUGCAUCCCAUAAUUCACUCCUGACCUCUCUCAGGAAAAACUUAAAUGAACUAGAUCAGAUUCAAAGAUACUUCAAUCAGAAGUUAACCAAGUCUUAUCCUCAGCUCACCUUCAGCCACUCAGUCCAGCCACCCCAGGAGAGCAGAGACAAUCAUCGGGAAGCCGAGGCAGGAAGCCUGAACUUAGGGAGCCACAACAUUUUAGAAAAAUCAAAUUACUUGGUAUCUCAAGUCAGCGCCCUGAUUAAUGAUAUGCAAACUCUAACCAAGGAUUCUCAUUCUUCGUUGAAUCAUCAGGGAGAGAGUGAAAACCCUGAAAGCAAGAGCCUACUAAGGAUUCACAGGGCAGAAGACAAAGGAACAAGUAUUGCUGCUCUCUCUCAGGCAGCCUCCCCUGUCCCUCCUGAAAUAGCCCCACUUGGAAAGGAAACACUGGGCAAGUUCCUAGAACAAGAAACAACAGAAAACAGUCUUCCAUUGGCCUUGGAAGUGAUUGAACUUGAAGAGGAUUCUGAGGUGGCCCAAACCUCCAGUGAUGGGGACUAUGAAGAAGACUUCAUAGAGCCUAGAACCCUCAACGAAAUCACCACUGUUACAGACAAGACCAGUCCGUGGUCUAGUGUCGCAUCAGAAGAUGGGGUGGUUGACCUUCUGCCAGGAGAAAUAAAGGAAGAUGGCCUUUCUCCCCCACCUCCAGAACAGCCCCCCAAAGAAGGCCAGAACAAGAAUAAUUGCCAGCCCAGGCUGCAGCAGGACAGCCAUCAGCCUCUUCCUCACAGGACCCCGUCUCCUCCCGUGGCAGAAGCGGACAGCAUCUGCAGAGGGAGUCCAGAUGUGGUCAUAUACCCCGAGAACUCUAGGGCAGUGGGCAUAUCUCAAGAAGAAGGUCCUAACAAGAGCAGGAGGUUCUCUCUGGUCCCUGAAGCAGCCCUACAAGAGCCAUUGGACUCCAGUGAGUUGAGUGAUUCCUCAGACAGUGGAGAUUUUGCUCUGGACUACACUCUCUCAGCUCCCCACACUGCAAUCCCCUGUUUAGAUGAGAGCUGUGAGGAAAAGGACAGCGGCCAUGACCAGAAGCUGCUCGCAAAGGCAUCGUCUAGCAGUAGUGAAAAGCCCAAUGUCCUCCUGGUGGAGUCAGAAAAAUCCCCAAAGCAGAGCCUCUUACUACCAGAACCAUUGGUGGUCCCUAAUUUCUUUCUUUCACCCAAGCACUUGGAGGAGUCAAUGAGGAUGCUCUCUCUCUCUGCAGCUUCACCAUCAAUCACAACCCGUCAGCUCCCUAGAAAAAAGCGAGGUUUGAGCCGGAUCUUAAACCAUGGAGAAGAUUGGGCAGCAGAGAAGGCACAGAGAACUGAUCCAGGAGGCAUUCUGGUGAGAUAAAGGAUGAAGAAAAAGCUCCAGGAUGGAGCUGAGAAUAGAGACUUACAAAUGAAACUUGCCUGUAAUAGGAGCUUGGGUCUGCCCAGAGGGAAAGGUGGGGCUAGAGAAAGGAGAUAUUUCUUAUUUAUGGAGCUCUUUAAGGUUUUGCAAAACAUGUUCCCCACUACUGUCCUGUGGAGGGACUCUACCCAGGAUUAUUACCUUCGUCCUUGAGUACAGUCACAAUAGCUACUAUAAUUGGCAAAGGCAAGAUCAAAACCAUGGGCCCUCCUGGGAGGGCCAGUACCACUCACACCUCCUCCUGCCCUAGGAUCUAGCCAACUAUUUUCAUUCCCUCCUUCCUUCCCAGGAGUCCCAGUCUCAGCAAGGGACAGAUGGGCCAAGGAGGGGAAAGGUGAUCCAGGCCCAGCUAAAAUUAGAUUUCAUAAAUAAAGCCCAGAGCCCUUCCUGAGGCCUCAGUCCCUUGUUUAUUUUGUUCCAGCCUGUGACUCCUUCGUCAGCAUUUGUGGAAAUCGACACUGAGAGAAAGAGAAACAGUCCAAGUCACAUGAAGAACCGAGAGAGGGAACUGGGGAAUGAGGCAAAGGCCAAUCUAGGGCAGCUGAAGUCAGACACUGACCAUGGGCCCGGGGCCAGGCAGGGAACUGGUGCAAAGGUUGCUGCCUGGGGCCAGGAGCUGCCCAUUCAUGGAGGAAAGGGGAAAGGAGUGCUGACCGGGAAUUUUCUUGUCAUCCUCCUAGUUCCCCCCAGUCUCAUUUCUGGGCCACCUCUCUAUCACCACUAAUGUAGAAAUUUGUUUUUCUUGACUACACAUGUUUCUAAUGGGUUUGCUUUUUCCCCCUCUUCCUCUCCCCAUCCCCAAUGAGAAAGUAAGGAUCUGAAAAUAAUUUUUUAAAAUGAAUUUAAUAAACUAUGUUAUGGGGGCGGGGCUGAAUUUGGAGUUUUAAUUAUAAUUCUACCACUUAUUUUCUGUGUGACCUUAAAAAAAAAAACUACUCCCUUCUCUAAGCCCUAUUAAAUUCAGGCUUCUAGCUGAAUCACUAAAAUACCUUCUAGCUCUAAAUCGCCUCAGCGAUACUAUACCAGAGCUGAACAGAACCUUAGAACAUAGAAUGGUAGAGCUGAGGGACCUGUGAGUCAAUCAACCCUUUAAUCUUGCAGGUGAAAACAAUGAGGCACUGAAGGAAAAAUGGAUUUUUCUCUAAACCCACACUAAAAGUCCUUCUAGCUCUAAAUCGCCUCAGUGAUACUAUAACAGAGCUGAACAGAACCUUAGAACAGAAUCGUAGAGCUGAGGGACCUAUGAGUCAACCCUUUAAUCUUGCAGGUGAAAACAAUGAAGCACUCAGGGAAAGAUGGGUCCCACACUAAAAGUCCAGGAUGGAGCUGAGAAUAGAACUAAGGACUUUAUGCACUCCUACCCCUCAGCUUCAAAUUCUCAUGGAAGAGAUUUUGCCUGAGCACUAAUCUUUCUUCCUGACCUUGACUUUUUGUCUUCCUGUAGCUUGGUUGGGCACUCUCAGCAGGGUCAGGACUAGGGAGGAAAAAAUGCAAAAACAAUUUCUCCAUUGUCUGAGCUAAGUAAACAUCUGGGCCUAAAGCCAGGUUAACUCACUCUUCCCUUCCGGGGGAAGAGCAAAUAUCUCCCUCUCUCUCCCCUCCCCUGCUUUCUCUCCCUCUCACACUUACUUGUGACCCUGGAAAAGAAUACUUUGUAAUACUAAUUCUCUC